GUUGCAUGAACUACCUGUUUGAAGCAGUCAGUAUCAUAUAAAAGCCGGGAAGCUCGCCGACAACAGGCACAGUACAAGUUCUAAUUCGAUAAGAGAAGUUUAACACUCCCUAACAAGAACAGCUGAAACAUGAAAUAUUUAAUCGCACUUGCCCUGCUGAUCGUGGCCGUGGCCGCCCAGAACAAGUACACCACCAAGUACGACGGCAUCGAUCUGGAUGAGAUCCUCAAGUCCGAUCGGCUGUUCAACAACUACUACAAGUGCCUGCUGGAGCAACCCGGUGGCCGUUGCACCCCGGACGCCAACGAGCUGAAGCGAAUCCUGCCGGAAGCCCUGCAGACCAACUGUGCCAAGUGUAGCAAGAAGCAAAAGGACGGUGCCGUCAAGGUCAUCAACUACCUGAUCGACAACCGGUCCGCGCAGUGGCAGGUGCUGCAGAAGAAGUACGAUCCGGAGAACAUCUACAUCACCCAGUACCGCACCGAGGCCCGUGCCGCCGGAGUCAAGGUCUAAGGCGACCCGAGAGUGACUUCCGCCCAAAUUACCUCUUCGGUGGACACUCCAUCGGGUUCAAUGUUCCAUUUGUUGGUGACAACUUCCAUGUUGUAGCAGAGUUCAGUGAUUUUCUUUUUUAAUCUUGUUUUUUUUAAAGACUCCUAUGACGUGAUAAAAUAAACAAAAAAAAUAUAAGUUUUGUUUAUGAAAUUCAA